AUGCGUCACCGGCUUGUUGGCCGUCAUGUCCCGGUUUCAACACCUAGAACACCAACACUUCGUACCCGAUUACCAUGUCUUCGAACAUUUACACAUUGCACCCAACUCACCACCAACUCAAGGCCGAACCUCCCCUUCCUUGCGAUCCCAGUAACCACCAAUGGCGUUAGGACCUUUACCACCGAGAGAAGACAAUGGCUGAAGCACGAAGCUAAGCUGGCGGUACGAUACACUGCUUCAUUUUGGGGUCUCCUAGCCUGUUUCGGCGUGAUUCUGUUCUUUGUCAAUGAGGAGAGGUUGGAGCAGGAAUAUCCGACACCACACGAAUGGGGUUGGAUGACAAGGAAAUUCCUAAGGGACUCAAAUGACAGCAAGGCGCCGAAGAAUGGCGAGACCAAUUGGCCUUGGUCGUUCGAGCUGGCUCGAGGAUUGGUGUUGAGGUUGGAGGAUGCCAAAGUUGACGGCCAGGGUGUAACAAAACUUACAGACAGGGUCGAUCCUGAAGCGGAGAUCCCUGGGGAAUUCAACCCCUGUGAUAUCUCCGGCAAGAGCGAGGAGUGGCGGAGAGGUUACUUCGAGGCUAUUAUGCUGGCUGCAAAAGGCGCGGAGCACGUCGAUGGAUGGGUCCGCGACCUUUCUCGCAACAUCAUCUCACCACCAGAAUUUGUUAUUGGACCUUCCAACCCUAGACCUACGCCAAUCCCUCCAGGACAACCUCAUGCGCCUCGUGAAGAGGACUGUGAAAUUGCUUAUCCCAGUGCUGAUAAUUUCUACAUGAAGAUCCUCGGCACCAAGGGGUUUACUUCUCGACAGAAGCUCGAGGCAACACUCGAAUACGCUAGUUAUCUGGAGUUCAAGAAGCAGUCCGAAGGCGCUGAGGCACUAUACCACCUGGCUCUCGCAGAGGCUACCCAAGGAGUCGACAUGUCGCAACCCCUUUACAACCCCAAGACAUUCGUGCUCAAUGAGAGGGCCGGCUUGCCCUCCCAAAAUGUUCUCGAUGCCGUCACUGCUAUGGCAAACUUCAAAGCACGUAGCGGAAAAGUCGACGCAGUUCUCCCUAUUUACCUCUCCCUUCUCAAGGCUCGCCGCUACUUACCUAAUGACCCUCCUCCCACUACCCAAUUAAAGCCAAAGUCUCACUCCGUGUUCGACAAAGUCGUCAAAACUUUCUCCCAGGCCGAUUACCCAACUCCACCACCGGAUGGUACCCAGCCUCCCUGGCGCAGCCCUCACGAGCGCUGCCAGGAAGCUUCGCUCAGUCUUUGGAUCGGCGAGAUCCUCUUCUCCACAUCAUCUAAGGACGACGGUCUCUCGUGGACGCGUGACAGUGUCGACGUUUCAGAGGAGCAGCUACGGAACAUGGAUCUUCUAACUGCUGAUAAGGCCGCGAAAACUACCUGCCGCGAAUGUUUGAGCGCAGGCCUCGCCAACUGGGGUAAGAUGGUCAACAAGCUUGCCAAGGAAGAAGAACUCCAGCAAGAAAAGGCUUCUACAAAGUCGGGCGUAUUCUCCUUCUGGAGCGCCAACCCACCAAGUUCUAAAGACCGCUGGACCGCAGAGGAAGCUGUGGUCCGGGAGCGUGUGAGGAGGACAAGAGAACUGAUUGAGGACCUGACACCAGCCGGGCCCAAUAUAGCCUCACUGUUCAAAGCGUAA